AUGUCGCGCAUUUUAGCAUGUUGGAAACAAUUGACAGCGCGUUCUUUGGUUUCUAAUUCUUCACCAUUUCAGUCUGGCUGGAAAGUACAAGGCGCGUACAGUGGAGUAGAUCCUACUGCUGGUUCACUUCAUGUAGGAAAUUUAGUAGCUUUAAUGCCUUUGAUACAUUUGUAUCUGCAUGGUAUUCCCGUCUACAGCCUAAUUGGCGAUGCAACCGUUCAGCUAGGAGAUCCCUCUGGAAGAACCACAGAUCGACACCAACUGGAUCAGGAUGUUAGAAAUCGAAACAAAGAAAACAUUGAAAAGCAGAUUUUUUGCUUAUCGAAGAAAGUCUCAACUUACGCUGAGGACUGUGGAUAUAAACCUGAAGGUGCACAUGCUUCUUCUCGUACUUGGAGCAUUGUACACAAUUUGGAUUGGUACAAAAAUAUGAAUCUACUGACUUUUCUUAAUGAAGUAGGCCGGCAUGUACGCGUUGGUCAAAUGCUCGCUCGGGACAGUGUAACCUCUCGUUUACAAAGUUCCACUGGUAUAUCAUUCUCAGAGCUUACUUAUCAACUGUUGCAAGCAUACGACUUUCUUCAUCUUUAUAAAGAUCAUGGAGUAAAUCUACAAAUAGGCGGCAGUGAUCAAUGGGGAAACAUCACAGCUGGUACAGACCUCAUCCGUCGAUUCUAUCCAAAAACAAUGUUAAAAUCCCCGGUAUAUGCUCUUACCACUCCAUUAUUGACGACUGCAAGUGGUCAAAAGUUUGGCAAAUCCGCAGGAAAUGCUAUAUGGUUGGAUCCAUCCUUGACCGACUCCUAUAGUCUUUAUCAGUCUUUUAUUUCCCUACCUGAUGAUAUCGCCUCCAAUUAUUUGGAUAUGUUGACUCUACUUUCCAGCGAAGAUUUAGAACGCAUAAAAUCAAAGCACUUUCAGAAUCCUUCCUCUCGUUUAAUUCAGCAUUCCCUUGCAUUUAACAUUGUUCAUAUGGUACACGGAAAAAACAAUGCUAAACUUGCACAACUGCAAACAGAACUUUUGCACGGUUCUCAGCUCGCACCCUUUGGCUUUUUUGUUGCUGAAAAAAAUACUGCAUUGCCAUCAAUUGAUGAAUUAAAGAAUAUAUUUAAAACAUCUAAUUGUUAUUACAAGGUUGAUUCAUCCAUGGGUCCUAUACCUUUCUCUAGACUACUUCGUGAGCUGGGUAUUUAUACUUCAAGAAAAGAAGCCUCUGAACAUAUUCGAUCAGGUGCAAUUUCCAUUGCACAUGAAACAGUACUUGAUCCUAACGUCAGCCUCACACAUAACAACCUCGCAGUUCUUCGAAUCGGAGGACGCCGUGCCUUAAUCUUGGACUUUACAUAA